GAUCAUCGUUGCAGACAAGUUGUUUUUUUUUAUGCCAAAUGAAAACAGUUUUGCUGAUGUAACAAAACAUAUCAGGUCCAGGUGGCUGCAAGCGUAUUUUAUCAUCGUCGUGUUUAUGGCGAGUGUCAUUUAUGCAUGUAAGAUCUUGCAUCGCUUUCUUUCUGUUUUGUUGUGUAUGCUUCAAUACAACACACAUCACACUCACACACACCCUCCUGGACUCCAGUUCAGGGUGCGAAUAUAUUUUGUCGGAUGAGAAAGUCGGAGAAAUUGCGUAAUGGUUGGCUGACUUUGGUAACGUGCGGUGUUUUUGUGUGUGUGUGAGAGAGAGGGAGUGUGUGUGUGCUUUUGGAUGUUGUUGUUUUCGAAGAGAUCGCACGAUCGCACCAAACGGUACAGGUGCAAAUGUCAGCGUGGUGAUCGGUGAAGCAUCUAAGCGGAGAGCAGCAUGGUGCAGUUAAUUAUUGAAUGGUGAUCGUUCGAUUGAUUGAGUACUUCCCAUUCCCACUAAGCUCGUAUGACGAGUGACAUCGAUUUUGCCACGGUUCAGAAAUGCAUCUCUAGAUCACCACAACCAAACCAAACGAAACGACCAUGGACAUGCGGUGUAGCUAUGAUAGGGGGUUUCUUUUCACUUGCAGCGUCUUCGUGUCAUUGCUGCCAUGUGUCAAUCAAAAGAGAUGGUAUAGAAAUGAAACCUCUGGACACUGAAUCGCUCAUUUGUUACUGAACUUGGUCUGUAUAGCAACAAAGUAGUGCAAAUGUUUCCAUCUAAUAACAACAUGAUUUGUUAAAAAACUAAAACUGCAAUAUGAUAUAAAACAUUAUUUAGACGGCUUAGUCCAGACACUUGUGUAAAGAAGAUUAAAUAUUAUUUCGGUAAAAUGGUUACAACAAAGUACAACAAAGAAUGAAGGUAAAACGAACAACAGCAACUACAACAAAAACAUUUUGCGCAGAUAAUAGCGGAGGUGGGUGCAUGCUUGUACCGCUUUUGAAUUUUUGCAACAAUUCGUUAUAGGUCAGGAUGGAUUGGCCACCCGCUUGAAGAGUAUAGAGAGAAGCGGUGAGGUGAGCAUUGCAACAGUGGUACUUUCACUUUAAAUUUUUUUAAUCACAACCAAUCUGAGAGCGCAUGCAUUUUUUCAACCAUAACCAAUCUGUGAGUGUGGUGUGAUGGUGUUAUAGAGGAAACUUUCAUUUUCCCGAUGCUUUGCCCCUUGUUGUUGUUGUUGUUGUUGUGAGGCGAUGUCAGACAAAUAUUAAAUGUCCUAGUAUUAGGAUUUGUAUUUGGCUAAAAUAUUACAUGAUUACUAUCUUUCCUUGAAAUGGACAAACACGGCGAAGGAAAACGGAAUCAGACACAAUCGGAUGCGCUGCCAGUAAAACCAUCUCAAUUGUGAUUUGUAAUUGCGUUUUACCCUUUUCCGUUUAGCGGACCGGAUGCUCACACAGGUUAAUAGCUGGUAGAAACGAUUACUGCUCAAGAACGUAAAGUUCCUACGGCCAAUGCAUAAAGAGCUUGAUGGUCGUCACGCCAAAUAGGGGUUGAAGCCAAUGAUGGUUGAAAUGUGCGAUAGGUUGGUUUCUUCAUUUAGAAGCACGCGUGCUUAAAAUAGUGUUGUAGCUUGUUGUUGAGAGCUUACAAUAUUUUCCCGAGCCAACAGAUCGAGCCGACAGUCUUCCCCAAGUCGUUGGGCGGAGAUUUUGUUAUUUACUUGGGCAGCAGCAAUCAAAACAAAAACACAGCUGAAGAAAACCAUUCCCAGUACGUACGUACGCAAGUGUGUGCGGCAUUACUCACUCCCUCCAUAGGUUUGCUGAUCGACAUCUGUGUCGUUUCAAAUAUCCGCCAGCAACAAACGUCCACAAAGGUCUUCACAAGUCGACGGCCUUUGGAUUGUUGUGUAGUGUUGUAGUGUUAGGCAUGCGCAUCGGGCAGUUUUCUGAAUGCGUGCACCAUUCAUUCAUUCAUUCAUGCUUAGAAUGCAGUUGAGAAUGACGGAGAGAAAUCGAAGAAUCUGGUUCCGUUUGUCGGAGCAGACAAUCACGACGACGUGAUACAGCUAAAAUAAUAUUAUCUGCUGCGUAAGAAAAAGUAAUAGUGAUUCUCAAGACGAGAAAAGAACAACUCGAAAUUUAAACCAGUGUUAUUCAGCGGACAAAACAUGUUUCAAUGCAUUAUACAGCAACGUAAUGGAUGGAUCCAUCAACCGAGUCCCGAAUUUCGGGAUGUCUUUCCAGAUAUCAGACAACAACUGAACGAGCAGCUCAAAUUUCUGGAUGUUCGCAUGGAAGCACAGAUUGCGCUCGUACAAGAGCUGCAAGAUUUUUUUCGACGACGAGGCGAGGUAGAACUUGAUUACAGCAAGAGCUUGGACAAGCUAGCUAAAAGCUUGCAGCUUCGACACAAAGAGCAGCGGCAAAAGCGUGAGCAAUGGCCAAUGUUCUCUUCUUACUCUUGCUGGCAACAGCUUGUCAAUCAAACCAAAUCCCUAUCUAGGGAUCAUGCGGCAAUGUCGGAGAUUUACUCUACACAUUUGGUAGCACGUUUGCAGACAGUGUGGGACGACGUUCAACGUAUCUACAGAAAGUGUCGAGAAAUUGGGUUUGAAACGCACGUUGAAAUAUUGCGAAUUUUACAAGAACUGCACACAAACAUGAAAACGUACCACACGUUGCAAACGGAAGCAAAGGAAGCAGAAAAAAAGUUGCGACUUGCCGAAAACCAGCGGAUGAAGCUGCAGCAGAGUGUGCCGAAGGAAAAGCUGGAGCGUAGCAAAAAGUAUCGUUUGAUCGAGAAAGAGGUACUGAAAAGAAAAAAUAAGUACACAGACGCAAGACUGAAGGCGCUCAAGGCAAAGAACGAGUAUCAGCUGUGCCUGGAAGCUUCCAAUACGACGAUCCACAAAUAUUUUGUCGAAGACUUGAGCGAUCUAAUUGAUUGUAUGGAUCUGGGUUUUCAUUCGGUCGUCUCGCGUGCACUGCUGAUGCACGUUUCCGCAGAUCAGGGUCGUUGUCGAGCGGUGCUACAUAAUGCCGAAACCCUAUCACAUAUCGUCAACUCAAUGGACAGUCGGGCGGACAAACAGAAAUUUCUUGAACAACACAGUGCAGCUUUUAUGAUUCCAAAACGGUUAGAGUUCCAGGGACAGGACGAAGAUGUAGAACCGGAGCUGCAAAAAGCGUUGCAUCAAGAAAUGGAAUCUCGGCUAAUGCAGCUAGAACAGCGCGUGAACAAUUUGCGUAUGGAAUCGGAGGAAAUUUGGAAAACCCUGGAAACAGCUGAAAUCAAUCUGCUUGACAUACUCAAUACUAAGGAUUAUGAUUGUACUAGUGCUUUCGGUGACGGUGCGGUUGCUUUUCAGAAGCCCGAAAAUACGUCCGUAAAACUGCGAUCAGACAAAAAUGAAAUAGAAGAAUUCUACAUAACGAAAAUUCGCGAAUACAUUCUUGCAACAUCGCGAAUAGCGCGGUUAGAUUCAAAAGCAGAAUACCUGCGGAACGCUUUGGCAAAAGAUUCAGCUAUCAAAACAGAUACCCUUACAAAAUCGAACGUCCCGAAACGGAAGCGUAUCGGUCGUAUGAACAAAUCGGGUCGACCAAAACUGUUCGGUGGUUCGCUUGAGGAAUACUUGGAAGUUUCGGGGGAAGAAAUUCCGCUCAUUGUGCGAAGCUGCAUCAGAGUCAUCAAUCUUUUUGGUUUACAUCACCAAGGCAUAUUCCGUGUUUCAGGAUCUCAAGUAGAAAUAAGUAACUUUAAAGAAGCCUUUGAACGAGGUGACGAUCCGCUAGCUGAAAUGACCGAUGCGUCCGAUAUCAAUUCUGUCGCUGGUGUGUUGAAACUGUAUUUACGCGAACUUCGAGAACCACUGUUUCCUUUAAUUUACUUUGAUCAUUUCGUUCAACUGGCACAGCUUGAAUCCAAGCAAGAUAUCGUAUCGGGUAUAAGAAAGUUUUUCCAAAGUCUCCCAAAGUCAGUUGUAGUGGUUAUUCGGUAUCUUUUCGCAUUUUUGAACCACUUAUCAGAAUAUUCCGAUGAAAAUAUGAUGGAUGCUUACAACUUGGCAAUCUGUUUUGGUCCCACACUGAUGCCAGCGCCCGAGGAUAAAGACCAAGUGCAGUAUCAGAAUCAAGUAAAUGAGCUGAUAAAGAACAUCAUUGUCCAUCAUGCAGAACUCUUCCCGAAGGAUCUUGGUGGAAUUCAUUACGAAAAGUUUAUCACUUCAGAAACGUUUGAAGACAUUGAUGUUGGAGACUCUCCCACAGAGCAAGUGUCGGAAGAUCCGGAUUCAGAAGUGUAUCCAUCAGAGGAUGAGUCAGACACAUUUGAAGCAAUCGUUCAGUUUGAUUUCAAUGCACGUUCCGAGAGGGAAUUAUCGUUACGGAAAGGGGAUACUGUGAUACUGUACAAUCAGGUUUCCAACGAUUGGUGGCGAGGUGCAGUAAACGGUAAAACUGGACUUAUUCCAGAUAAGUACAUAUCGCUAAAAAUCAAGGAUGAAGAGCGCGAUAAAAGUGAACAUUUGAAAUCUUCCAGUUCAGAAGAAUCCGUCCGAAAGCGUCGUCCCAGUGGAAACAUUUCACUUAACAGUCAACUUUCGAUUUGUACACAAAACUCGAACACCCUCUCGAAUAUAACGUGCGGUAGUGAUUAUACCGCUUCGACUGUAAGCGCUGCAACGGCAUCUGCCGGUGGACACAGUGCAACUGGCAAUGGUGCGACAACUGCAGCUGGUGGUACACCUAGUGGCAGUGGAGCCGCGGGAACUUCUGCCGGAUUAAUUCAAACGUCAUUGCCUUCUCCCGGGCAUCCGCAAUAUCAAACAAUUCAGAAUUCUUCACAAGGAGGCUCAUCUGGCCACCAUUCUACAUCUUCUCAGUCACAGCCUCCACAGCAAUCUAUUGCGAUAGUAACACAUCAGCCACCGUUGCCAUCGUCACACCAUGCUCCUCCGCUGAUUGGCGAAAAGUUGAGCAAUGAACGAAAGGAUGCCGACUUCAUACACUAUGAUAGUGUGGAUCACCUGAAAGCAUCGCCAUACAGCUACCACGACGAACCGCACUCGUUCGAAAACUCUUUCGAGUUUGUCGAAGACAUGGCUCUUUUCACAUACGAGACAUCAAAACCAUCGGAACCGAUUUAUGCCGAACCGACCAAAAUUACUACGAACCGCGAGAAAUCACCAGCGGCUGACAGUGGCACAAGCAGCAACAGCAACGAAGAUGAAAUGGAUAGCGUGGAAAUCCGACCCCGGCUUGGCGGAAUGGGAGAACCAUCAGAGCAUAGCAAAUCGACUCUUGGUUUGAAUCGCCGCAGCGAAACGACUCUAUCCGCCGGCAAAACAAUCGCUGUUGACGGUGAACCAUCGGCCGUGGAUGACCAAUGCGAUCAAUCCCGACCAAUGCGAAAGUAUCACGCGAAGAGCUUCAGCCUGUCAGAGAACAAACUAUCCCUAGUUGCUGGUGGCGGUGGAUCAGCAACGCUAAAUGUGUUUCAACAGAACCGCGACCUGUGGCAGAAACGCGCUGCACAAAGCUCAUACCAAAACCUAACAACGUCGCGCAUUCUAAGUCGUAACCGAAUUGCACCAGAUUUGGUGAUGGAUCUUCCGCCCUCCGCCAUUAGCAAGGAAACCGCACACGCAUCAAGAGAAUCUUUAGACACCGAGCUAGAGGAUAUGACCUCAGCUGAACGGUUUGCUGCUCAGAACCAGUGUACAUUGAAAAAGAACGAACGAUUUUCGAAUGAAUCUCCUGUGUAUGAAAAUAACACGGUGAAAAAAGAGGUAAAGCUGGAUGUGAAAGGAGCAACGGUGACUGAUAAACCGAAAGCAGAAGUGAAGCCACAAGAAAACAGUAUUAAAAGUUCAAGCGCGGCUCCAACUGAAGCUUCAAAAUCAUUAGAAGGUUGUAGUGCUGACGCUGGUAAAGAAGACGAAUCACGAAGAUUAUCAGCAAUUACCGUCCCCGUUGCGUCUUCCUCGUCUACAACAAGUGUGGCCCCAGGUGCGGUCACUGACGUGGCCGAAUUAGAAGUUGCUUCCUCUUCAAACGAAACUGAACUAUCGCUAGCGCCAUCGUCGUUACCGGGAAAAGAACUUAGCAAGAGUCCGAUCCCUGUGCGCAACACACAGAAAUUUGUGUCCCAGUUUGCUGAUUUACAUUUAACUGGCGGCUGUCUGAUGAAGUCAACCGAAGGGACGUCGGCAGCAAGCGCCUCUUCCAUGACGCAGGAGCAACAAGCAAAGAAUCUGAGCUCAUUCAAACCGCAAGUAAAAGUGAAGCCACAAAUACUGAAAAAGCCCCAGGUGCUUCCACCGCAAACGCCCGAAAUGCAACGCCGCAAUGCAGACUAGAAGUGGGCUCUGUUCUCACGCUCUAAUACGUUCAACAUGUAAAUAUGUGUGCACGUCGCAAAUGGAAGCGAUGAGAACAUUAUCACCUGAUAAAGCAUGGCGCGGUCAGGUUGAGAUGCGCUUCGUCUUUCUGUAUGGUGUUUCUGAUAUACACGGUGAAUGCUACUACAGAAAGGGAAACGCAUGAGACUAACAGACAGAAUGCGUACAGCGUGAAGCGUAAAGAGAGUGGCAUGAAAGUGACUGAUUGCAAAAUGAUGCAAAGUGUACAACCUUUGCAAGAACCUUGACAAAGUAAACAUUACACAUACAUCCAUUUUCCGAGGAUGUGGUAGUCCGAUCGCCAUGAAUGAAGCCAUGAUGGAACCUUUUGGUUUGGUAAUUAGGCGUAAUCAAAGUACAGCGCAUUGUUGGUAUUUGUUGCGGAAUUGAGCAUGAUGCGCAGGAAUGGAUUGAGUAAAACACCAAUAUUUCGAAUAUAUACAUUGAUAAGUGAAAAGUUUUUAAUAAUUAAGACUGGAUCGGUACAAUACACAAUACUCGUAAAACAGGCGAAAUGAAAGCAAAGCUAAACAUUGCACACAUUAGCUAAAAAUAUUACCAUGGAUUUGUAGUUCGUGCACUCAUGCGCGAACAGUGCAAACGAUUCAACAAGAAUGCAAAAUGAAGCGAGAAUAUGGCGAGCAAAGCUGGUCGGCGCGGUGUACCGUGUACCCGUGUACACCAACACCAUGCGGACCACACACACACACACACGUAUAUGGUAGUGGUGCCUUUUUUACGUAUUUGGUUAAUCUGCGUUGCAUAUUUUUAUGCUGCGUUAAUGAUUUUUCUUCAAUUACGAGCAACGAACAAAAUGAAAGCUUACUGGAAUGAGUAUAUUAUUUAACUAUGUAUGGGUUGUUCUUUUCUCCCAUUGCGUGUAAAGCCGUACUGUGUUUUAAUGGUACCGUAUAUUUUGUUGAUUUAACAGUUUCAGCGGCUAUCUUCUUCACAAAGUUGCCGUGUACACCACUUUCGGCGACAGAAACUUCAAUCUGAAAGAUAAAUAACAGUGAACGGGCGAACAUUGUUCAAAAUAAACCAUUCUAGACGAAAACCAACACGAAAACAAGGUGCACACGAAACGAAAUGUAACCAGAACCAGCAGAGUAGAGUCUGAACGUAGUCUGUAGUAGGUCCAUGAUAUUUCGAUCAUAUAGUAAAGCGUAGAAGUAGUUUGAAAAAAAAAGGAUUCGGCGGAAACACAGGACAGGGACGAUAGAGCUAAGAGCAAAGGUGAUUAUGAUAUAAUAACUAGCAAUCCUAAUCGCAAACAUUAUACGACUGAUAAUACAAGCACACGCACAAUGCGCGAUAUUUUUGAUUACGAAACAAAUACGGAUAGUGGGUGUGGCAGUCAACAUCUGGCAGUAAAUGAAAAAAUCUUUUUUUUGGAUUUAACAACAAAACAAAAAGCAUCAUUUACGAGUAUACGUAACACAUUCGCUAAAUUAUAUUUUCAAUACACACAGAACAGAAGUCCUCCUCUGAUUUUUCCUCUCUGGUAUCGUUGUUGUAACCUAUGAAACACAGUAAUUGCAAUCUUAUCGUAUUUAAUAAUGCUUGACAAACCAAACUCACUUUUACACUGAGCGCAAAUCAUGUAUGUCUGUCUGUGUGUCUGUGUGUGUGUGUGUAAAGUAAUUCUAACAAUUUCAUCGUCAGCAUCAUAAAAGUAAUCUCCAGCAAACAGCAAAUUCAUCGCUAUUAAUAAAUAGUGCAUUGUGUUACAAUAAAACACACUCAUACGACUAAAAACAUAGUUUCCGCUACACGCAACUACGCUCUAUCGCAAGCAGAGAAAGAUAAACAUAUAUAUAUAUAUACAUACACGUGAAUCAAUAAUAAUCUCUUGCUAUCUUCGAAUCCCUGGUACGACGAUUUACAUAUAGAGAGAGAAAGAGCGAGAGAGAAAGAGAGAGAGAGAGAGAGAGAGAGAGAGAGAGAGAGAAAAUGCAAUGUUAACUAGACUGCAGCAAAGGUACAAUAAUGUAACGCCGUGUAGUUGCGCCACACACCAGACCGUAUCGAUUCCGAAGAGAAAAUUUCGUUUCAACAAUAAUUGAAAUAGGUUUCGAUGGCAGCGAUAUCUGAUUUAUUUUCUUUCUGCCAUUGCAAACAUUUAGACCUGUAUCAGUUUUUCAAUAAAGUAUCAGUUCUGAAAUAAUGUACCUACGAUGUGCUGAGAAGAGAUAGUGCAGGAGGUUUUACACGAUGAUCUCUAUCGUCCGCUGUUCAACGUACAGGGUUUAGUUAAUAAUAAUGCGUUGGUUGAUCAUGAGGGUAUCAGCACAAUGGUAAGAUGAUCAUUAAACGGAAUGCCAGUAACCAGAGAGAGAAAAAGAGAGCGAGAGAGCGAGAGAGAGAGAGAAUAUGACGGUCGGAGAGCUAGAUUCGUUUUUAUCCGGCGGUUGGAGAAACAUGUCCACACACACGGGCGUAAUGGAAAAAGUUUUUCUAAUUUUCUUAAUUUUCCGGAACCUGCGUUACAGCGUAACAGGGUGUGCUAAUAAUACACUACCACACUGAUAGGACUUUGCACAAAGAAAAGGAAAUGGAAGAGCGAAGGGGGUGGGUUUGCGAAACCAGUGCAGUAGUGUAGCUGCAAGCACAAGCAAAGCAAAACGAAGUAUAUAACUAUAAAUACAUACUUCCGCAGAUUAAUUUACACCUAAUAGGAUGCGAGGUGAAUCGAAGGCAUCAAUUAUAUACAGAAUAAAUGUGACACACUAAUGAAACCAAACCAAAUGGACCAAUUUCAAUUUAACCAAUUCAUUAUUUCAACCCUCUUCGUAGCAAGCCAUGAGCAAUACCAUACAGCAAUACCAUACAGUGCGAUGUUCAAAGCAUUUUGCCGCUGUUUUGUCGGUAGUUUGCGCAAGGGGAUUUGUUUACACUGGUAAUUUGCAUCACCCAGGAUCGGCCAACCGUUGGCCACACUUUGGAGACACGUCCUAGCGCGUUUGGCGUUCAGUCAUCGGUAACAUAUCGCUCGUUAUCUACGCAUUAUCCUGUGUGGUAUGAUAGUAUGGUGCGUCGAAUAGGCAAACUACUGUGUGGAUUUGUUAUAGUGACCGUACUUUACCCUAGCAGUGUCUCGGGAAACUCCCUAAAGGAUGGAUUCUUUCAGCAAUUGUUUGAAACUCUGUUUCGCUCUGAAAGCAACACAAGACCCGCCACGGAACCCAUCUUCAUAACGCGUAACGACACGUUGGAAACUGCAGUGAUGAAUGUAUCAUCAUCAUCAUCAUCAUCAUCAGAAACGAGCGAUCAUGUGUCGCGUGCAGCAAUUAUCCUGUCCGAACCGGUUAAAAAUUCUACGCUCUUCCUGGAAGAUGGCUCAUCUAAAACACGCCCUGAAACACAGUUUGGUGAAAUGACGGAUCAAGAAGGACAAGCAAGAAGCUCGGCCGUUGCAGAACGUACCGUGAACUGAAAGAAACAUAUUCUAAGUGAUUACAGCAACGACCGAGAAUGUUAGCGAACAGUAAGAAUUAUUGAGCUUUGAUUAUAGAUUAAGAGCUUAGAAUGAGGAUAAAAAAUAAUCUCAUUUACUCUAAAAGAGAUGUGAGAUGAGUAAUAUGUCCAGUAACAUUCAAAUAAAGCUGUUAAUUUAAUCAAAUAUUCGUGUGUUGUUGAUGAAGCUUGGCAUGUGUGUGUGUGAGGGGGGGAGGGGGCUGAUAUAAUUUCGAGGUAAUUUUGGACGCUACUGUCCUUGUCUGCUGUUAGUCAGACGACGGCGAUUUCGUCAACGAAAGUGACACCCAAUUGCUAAUGAUUGUGUGAAAUGUGGAACAAACAAUACACUAGUUCGAAUCUGUCGAAAGCUUAAUGUCGUGUUGUCGCACUGCCAUUCGCUUCAGUUGCAUAUUGAGCGCUGGAGAAGAAGGUCUCCAAAUCCCGAACGUCCUGAUAAAACAACAUUCUAUCACUAGCAUGUAUUCAAGACAGCUUACGGUGUGCUGGAUGGUGGCAGGAGUACUAUUGCUCUUCCAUGGAACAACUGUACAGCCAGUGGCGUGUGAAUCAGAAACCAGUGAAGGAUUUUUCGCCCAUCUGUGGGAUUCGAUCUUUGGCUCGAAGCAACAACCAUCGCCCAGCAACAAUUCAACUGCCGUGAAAAACGAAACUGAUUCGUCACCUUACAACGCAACAACUGUAUCUACUACCAUCAGUAGUAAUACUACAUUCGUGUCCACGGAAUCGCCGGUCGAGAAUGGUGGAAACGAUACUACUACCACAGCAACAGUUACCACUUCGGCACCCACUUCCAGCUCAGACAAGAGAACUACAGAAAGUGACAAGACGGAUAAAACGGAAUUGAACGGUACUGAUGUAUCAGCUCACACAGAAAAAUCGCUUUCCAGCGAAGGAACGACGAUAGCAUCAAGUGUGUCCACGACGGAUAGCAAUGGCGUAACUACUAUUGACAAUGCUACGAAACAGGCGAAUACUACUACCGGUACUAAUACUACCAGCACUACAACCACUACUACUAUGGAAACCACCUCUCCCGGAAGCAGCACAGCAGCGGAAUCUACGACGGCUACCACGACAACACAAUCUGCGAAGUCGGCACAAUAGGCUUUGCUUUUCAAAAGCUUCAUUUGAUUGUAUUUUUGGUCUAUGGUUUCGAUGUGCUGAAUUUGAAUUCCUGUACUUAAAUUAAGAAAAUAAAACGAUCGAAGUGUUUUUAAACAGA